GGCACAGACACAACAAACGAACACCGCAUAAACAGAACUAAUGCACGAAAACGACGCCGUCCUUAACUUCAAAAGGCAAAACACCACCCUGGCCAUAAUUUUGCAUCCUAGAAGAUUCUGAUUCUCAAAUCUCAAUGCCUAAAACCUUAAAAUAAUUGGAAGGCCAUUUCUCUGACUGCUAAUUUACCCGGAUAACUACGAGAAAGAGAGGGGAGGAGAGAAGACCCAUACUUCAACUCCAUCACUGACCGCUAUUAUUUAUAAUCGUGUUUCCUUUUCUAGUGCUAUUUAUAUUGUAUUUUAUUGCUUUGGUUAAUUCAAUAAUUGGGUUGAAUUGUGUCUGUGUUUAUCGCUUUAGCUUCAAGAGUACUUGAACCGACAAUUCAGCCAAACUCCAUUGAUAAUUGGUAGAAUUUAUCGAGGGUUCGAAAUCUCCGUUGGCUCUUUUUUCUUUUCUUAUCUUUGAUACUCCACCAGUUACGUAUACUCAUUAUCCUCGGGAGCUAACCUCUAUUUGCUUUCGUGUUAUCAAUGGCUUCUUUAACCCCAAUUUCUCAAUCUCAAUCCAUUUUUAACAAAACCCAUCUCCCAAACCCGGUUGUGGUGCCCGCAAACCCCGGUUUUAGUUCGAGUUUCUUGGCCAAAAAGCCACCGUCUGCCCUUUGGCUUCAGGCGCCCCGAACGAGUACAGUCAUGCCGUUGAAGAGCGCCAUCGUGUCGGCGACCACUGCGGAGAAGCCCAAGAAGCGGUACCCUGGUGAGGCCAAGGGAUUUGUGGAGGAGAUGAGGUUUGUCGCUAUGAGACUGCACACCAAGGAGCAGGCCAAAGAGGGGGAGAAGGAAGUGAAGGAGCCGGAGGAGCAGAAAGUCACCAAAUGGGAGCCUUCUGUUGGUGGAUACCUGAGGUUCCUUGUGGAUAGCAAACUGGUGUAUGAUACUCUUGAAGGGAUAAUUGAAAAGGCUGCAUUUCCUAGCUAUGCUGAGUUCAGAAAUACAGGGUUGGAAAGGUCUGGGAAAUUGGCAAAGGAUUUGGAGGGGUUCAAAGAGCAGGGCUACUCCAUUCCAGAACCCUCUUCUCCUGGUAUUACCUAUGCAGAAUAUCUUAAGGAGUUAUCUGAGAAGGAUCCUCAAUCCUUUAUAUGCCACUUCUAUAAUAUAUAUUUUGCUCAUAGUGCUGGUGGUCGAAUGAUUGGGAAAAAGGUUUCUGAGAUGAUACUUAAUAACAAGGAGUUGGAGUUCUAUAAAUGGGAUGGAGACCUUUCCAAGCUGUUGAAUAAUGUCCGAGAGAAGCUGAACAAGGUUGCUGAGGUAGCUAUCUUCUGUCUGCCUGAAAAAUGCUCUGGCUGGACUAGGGAAGAAAAGAAUCGUUGUUUGGAAGAAACCGAGAAAUCAUUCAAGCAUUCAGGGGAGAUACUCCGACUAAUAUUGUCAUGAUGCUCGCUCAUCACAGCUCCUUGUCUUGUGAUAUUGUGUAAGUAGUGGCGCAAGCCUCUACAUCCCUGGCUGUUGUAAAUUUUUAAUAUUUCACCAAUUCAAGCUACAAAAUCAAGAAACUGCUACUUAUGUUGUGCA